AUGGGUUUAUUUAAUGGUGGUAAAAAUGAUAAACCAGCUAAAGUUGAUAAAUAUGAAAGACAAUAUCAACAAUAUCAACAACCAAAAAGCCAACCACGUCCUCGUGCACAAUCGCAAUAUCGAAAUCAAUUGGCACCUAUUGUAGGCGGAUUCAACACGCCUGUUGGUUUUGGACUACAACCAGCUGUUCAAGGCAUACCUCAACUAGCGGCUCCACCAGCGUUUCAGAUGACACCUCAAUUGUUCGCAGGAUUACCACCUUAUCAAAAUACUGGCAAAUGGAUGUCACCUAGUACUGCUGCUGGACCAGUUCCACCUCUAUUACCUAUGUACGGUGACGGAAAUAUGUUUGACGCCUCAGCUGGCGCUAAUAAAUAUGCAAAUCCAUUCAUGCAAGGAUUUCCACCAAUGUUUCCUCAAUUUCCACAAAUGAGUGCAGGCUAUCCAGCAACACCUUUACCAGUACAAUUUACUGGCGGUUAUGGUAAUCUAAAUCGAAGUGAUAUUAACCAAUAUGGAUCGGCCUUUGCAGGAGGACAAGAUAGUUUGUGGAAUAAUGGUUAUGGAUCUCAGUUCGGUUAUAUGCCACAAUUUUGA